CAUAUAAUGGCAACCAACAGCAGCAGCAACCCAUGAAUGGCUACCAGGAUCAUCCAUACGGCCCUCCUCCGCCAUACAGCUUCAACCCUCCUCAAGGCGAAGACGAGAAAUACUCCUUCAACGACGCAUUCAAGCUUGAGAAGCCCAAAUUCAAUGAUUGGUGGGCGGGCCUCCUUUUCCUCGCAGCUUUCGGAGGCUAUGUGGCCAUCUCGGGCCUCUCGAUUCACGGAUACGCCAAAGGCUUCGCUGGGCACGGCAUCUACGACGACUUGAACAGCUUUUCACUCAACAGCAACACCAUUAUACUCUUCGCCUUCUGUCUGGUUAUCGCCUUCGUCUUCUCGUACAUAUAUGUCUGGCUGGCGCGCCUGUUCCCAAAGCAGUUUAUUUGGAUCACAGGCAUCCUCAACCUCGCCUGGGCGCUUGGGACCGCAAUAUACUACUUGAUCAAGGGAUAUUGGUCUGCUGGAAUAGUGUUCAUCAUCUUCGCCGCGUUCCUCAUAUUUGCGUUUUUUACCUGGAUCGGCAGGAUCCCAUUCUCAGCUCUGAUGCUGAAGACGAGUAUCGAUGUCAGCAAGAAAUAUGGCCAUGUUUACCUUGUGAGCCUCAUUGGGGGUUUUUGCGCAACGGCAUUGGCUGCCUGGUUCUCGGUUACGCUCGUUGCCAUCUAUGUCUCUUAUGAGCCGUCGCCCGACAAUCCGCGAUGCUCUGUUUCGGGGAAUAACUGCAGCCGCAGCAAGGUCAUCGGUUUUGUCGUUUACGUGACGUUUGCAAUGUUCUGGAUUUCUGAGUGGCUAAAAAACACUAUCCAUACCAUCAUCGCUGGCGUUUAUGGAUCGUGGUACUUCUCGCCGCAUAACUUUCCAAAAAGGGCGACUCGCGGCGCUGCCAAAAGAGCACUGACCUACAGUUUCGGCUCCAUCUGCUUUGGAAGUCUCAUAGUGGCCUUUAUUCAGGCUCUGAAGCAGCUGUGCAGUGUUGUUCGGUCACAGGCAGCCAACGAGGGGGGUGUAGCUGGCUGGAUCACCUACGCCAUCUUUUGUCUCCUUACUUGUGUAAUUAGUAUCAUCGAAUGGGCUGUACAAUUCGUUAACCGGUAUGCGUUUUGCCACAUUGCCCUCUACGGUAAGGCAUACAUUGCCUCAGCCAAGGAUACCUGGAGGAUGAUUAAGGAUCGCGGCAUCGAUGCGCUUGUCAACGACUGCCUUGUUGGACCUGUGCUCUCGUUUGGUGCCAUUUUCAUUGGCUACGCAUGCGCUCUGUUCGCCUACCUCUACCUUCUCGAAACUGAUCCGCCAUACAAUCGUGAAGGACAAUAUACUGCCGUUAUCAUGGCUUAUGCAUUCUUAAUUGGCUUUCAGAUCGGGCACAUAUUCACAACUCCUAUUGGCAGCGGUAUCGACACUAUUUUUGUUGCAGCUGGUUGGGAUCCUCAGGUAAUGAUCAGAGAUCAUCCAGAGCUAUAUCAGGAAAUGGUUAGAGUGUAUCCCAAAGUUCAACAGGCUAUUCAUUGAUUCAAGCCG